AGCUCGCACACAUUUAAAGAUGGCGGAGAGGUUUGUAGGGUAUAGACAGGACUACUGAAUGAUUGCAGGGGAUUUUUUAAAGCUGAAGUACUAUAUCAAUUGACAAUUAAGAUAUUGGAACUUUUCAUCAUGGAUAGCAGCAAGAAACCAGGGAAUGGAAAACAAAUGGUUUCAUUUGGUUCCACAAGCCAGGAUCCAUUGGAUAUCAUGUUAAGAUAUCUGGAUAAAGCUGAGCAGGAGGAAAGACAGAGUGCAAAAAAGGAGUCCAAAACAUCACCUCUUGUUGGGGAUCAUUAUGGUGGAAAAGUUUCUGUACCAGUAACAAAGGCUCAUAGACCCAUAACAAAUGCUGAACGUUUGCUACACCUUAAGAAGUCACCCAGGAAAGCUCAUGCAGAUAACCUGCAAAGUGCUGCUUUGCUGAAAACAAGAUUUGCAACAGCAAGUGGAGACCCUGCUGCUAAAAAGGAUCAUACUGCAAAGCUGUCCACAGUUCAAGUCCAAAAUAGAACAGUUGUAAGCCAAAGUAGUAGUAGCUUCUUAAAUCCCCAUGAUGCUGGAAGAUCUGAUUUAACAAGUUCACCUGCAAUGGAGACACCUUUGGUUGCAUCUGAAGGUGUGUCUCAGACGGACACAUCCACAGUGCUUGCAGGCCAAAGUGCUACCAAAAUUAUGUCAGUUGUCAGUGACAAUACAGCACACACAAGAGACAUUUGCACAAAUGAAGAACCAUUGCAACAUAAAGGUUUUUCUACCAAAAUAGAGGUGACAAGACAGAAACAAACAGAUAAUGUUAUCAUGCAAAAAGGAAGGAUUUGCCAAUUUCCUGUGUUAGUGAUCAAGGAGGCACAGCAGCUUUUGUAUCUCAACCAGCAAGACAUGGAGAAGUUGGAGAAGGUUCUCCUGCAGAACAUUUGACCAGAAGCAGUAUGCCAGGCACCACUGUGAAUGAGACCAAUCCUCGUUAUUCUGAGAAAAACAGUUCUGGGAAUGCCAAAGGAGCAGUUAAAAGCACCGCAGCCAUAGCAAGCGGAUCCCAGCAGAUCAAAUCUGGAAUAGGAAACGAUACACCCAACGAGGACUUCACACAACAGGAUGCCAGGCAAACAAGAUCUAGAGGUCAUAAAACCAGUUUUCAAAGUCAUAACAAAAUUGACAGCAGCAAAGAUAGAACAAUAGAAGCAAGGGUGACUAGAAGAGGGUCCCGUGAAAAUGUUCUAGAUAAAGUAUCUGUUGAAAACAGUGGAGAAUCUGGGAAAAAAGUUCAAACAGGGAUGAGCAAUGCUGAAAAAGACGCACCACUUCAAAAGCAAAUUCACAAGAAAACAUUCUCCAAAGAAGAAGUUGGUGAACAAGUAGAAGGGGCCCUGGGAAAAAACAAAAAGGCUCUUGAUGAAGACGCCCUUUUUAGCAUCUCAAAAGAGGAGGCCCAACAAUUAGAAGCCAAUUUUGAAGACAUAGUUCAAAGACUAAAAGAGACCUCUAAUUCAAGUUCUCAAAAAAUACCUCCUGCAGACAAAGGCAACACUAGUAGACCUAGACAGCAGUCGAAAGUAAGGGUUUACUCCAGCCCUAAGGAAGCUUUGAAGAUAUUGAGAGGACCAAGGGAACCCAUUGUGCAGUUGCCCAGUGUGGCAGACCUGUCAAAAAGUGAGACAUUUUUUAAUGUCAAACUUUUGACUGGCAGUCCCUCCAAGUCAGUUACAAGAAAGCCUAAUUCCCAGGUUACAACUGAGAACAAAGAUGGUUCACAGCAAGGAUCAAAGGUGAAAUCUGAUCCUAAAUUGGACUUUUCGGCAAAAGUGAGCAAGGUUUUUGCUUCAUACAAGCAGCUGGAGAACAUGACUAGAGAAGAUUCUGAAAAAAGAAAGGCUUCUUUAAGAACAAAUCCUGCCAAGCUAGCAGAAGUAGAGGUUGCCCAGAAAGAUGUUUCAACAAAAAUGGCUAACAAAAAACCUUCAAAUGCUGAACAGGAGAGUAAUAGAAACUCUUUGAAUAUAGAUUCAGCAGUAAAACUUUCACCAAAAAAGCAUCAAAAUCAACCACUUGCCAAAGUUGAUGGGGUAGCUGUAAAACAACCAGAUUUAAAACCUCAAACAUCACCAGUAAAUCUUGACUCACCUAUAAAACCUAUCUCAAAGCAGUCAGAUUCCUUGAAUUCUAAAGAUUUAAGAAUGAGCAUCUCCCCAGGACCUGUGGAACAUAUUAAAGGCAGUUCAACAAAUGAAAUAUCCCCAAAAGAAUCAGAACAGCAACCAAAUCAGGCAGACUUGACGCAGAAGCUACCCAUAGACAAUGCUGGUACAGCAAGUGGAUGUCAGUCAUCUGCAGAACAGUUGACCCCCUCAAGCUCACCCCAGGAAAUUCAAAGUGCCAUUACUUUCAACUCAGGUCCAUCAGGUCAGCAGCUGCUUUCAUCGUCAGAAAAUCAAGUAUCACUGGAAAAAUGUCCACCUGACUUGAGUUCAACCCAUACCUCUGCUCAGAAACCGUCACAUGCACAAAGCCCAUUAAAACAACUCCCUACUUCUGCUCAAAAGUCCUCACCAGGAUGCAGUCCCCUCAAGCAAUUACCAAAUACAAAUCAGAAAGCUUCUCCAAAAUCAAGUCCUAUAAAGCAUCCGUUAUUGACAAAAAAUGUUGUCAUACCAUUGAAACCAAUUGAUGCUGAUGCUGUCAAGUAUGGAGUAAGAAGGAAUCUCAACUUUGAUGGAAAGGGUGAAAGAACUGGAAAAGUAUCCAAAGCUGUUAGCCCAAAAGUGAGGGUUAGUGAACGUGAUAAUGAAGGUAGUUCAUCUAAAAGAAAGCAAAGCAGUGAAGAGAGUAACAAAGAAGCGACUUUGGAUGAGGAGACUCCUGGCACUGCUGCACAGCACAGAUAUGAUCCACUUUCUGAUCUUAUCGCCAAAAUGCAAAGUAGAGUGAAAGAGAUCAGGCAUACAUCUGAGGGUAAUAAUGAAGAAGAUGAUGAUGAUGAAAUGGGUAAUACAGUUGAAAAAGAUGAAAAUGAGAGUGAAAAAGUCCAUGUACAGGAGUUAGAAGAAGAUGCUGAAGAAAAAUCUUCCGGUGAGACCAGUGAUGAAGAGCAGGGAAGUGAAGAAAGCAGUGAUGAAAGCUCCACAUCAUCUUCUUCAGAGGAUGAUGAGAGUAUAUCUCACAUAAAGCCAGCCCUUUUUCCUGUGGUUAUUAAAGAAGAACCAGUGGAUGUAAAUAAAGAUGUUGUCAUUGAACAUGAACAUGCCUGUAGUCCUAAAUCUGGCAUGAAUAUACCGAUCAAAGAAGAAGCAGCUUCACCCACGGAAGACAAAUUGUCACAGGAACCUGAAGGAAAUGACCAAGGUAUAAUGGAAUUUGAAGUUCCAGGCAUGCUCCCAAACCUCAGGGUGGAAACUGAAGACGAUUUGAUAAUUCUUGACCUGCUGUAUGAGAUGGUGGACCAUGUCUGCGAAGAAGUUGGUGAAUUUGCUGACCUUUCACUGCUGUUGGGAAGCAAGGAUUUGUCCACAACGGAUCAGAAUUGUGAUGCCAGUGAAAAUGGUGGUGAACAGGUAGAACAAAAAGUGAAUGAAGAGCUCCUACCAGAACCGGUUAGUGAAAGCAACCCAUACAGCUUGUUUGAAAAGCCUGUAGACCCAAAGAAGAAGGCAUCUGCAUUUGUGAGUGAUGAAUUGGAGAAGUAUUUGGAACAAGAAGGAAAAGAAAUUAGGAGUAGUUUUGCUAUAGAAGAAAAUGGCCCAAGUGAAGCAGGUGUUCCUCAUGCUAAAACUGUUGCUGAGAUGGCCGAGGAUGCUGCCAUUAUUGAGGAGAUUACUCCAGAAUUUACAACAGUGGAUGGUAUUGUAUUUGCAUCAUUCUCAUCCAAACAGGGUUUGGAGGCCCAGAUGUCUCUGGAGAAAAAAAGAGAUUUUUUACGCAUGCUCUCUACACAAAACAUGUUACAAAAUUUAAAGGCUAUGAAAGUACAGGAAGGCUAUAGCACAUUGCUGCCAAAAGAGGCCAAAAUGUUUGGUGGACAGAACUUUGAACGGUACCAAAGGUUACUUAGACAGGAAUAUGGGAAGUUGAAGAAUCGGCAAACUCCUAAGAAAUCCAGUGACUCUUCAAAAAUAAAAAAUGUGCCAAAAAAGAAUGUAGAUCCUGAGGUGAUUCAAAAGAACACAGGGAUAAAUGUGCAUCUCACAAAAUCUGGGAAACUCCACUGGAAAUCGGAACAAAAGCUCCUCAGGAAAAUAUCUCCAAAGAAGAUCAAGCAGAUGGGUUUGGCACUGAAGAGGAAGAGGAACCGUGGUAUCCACUUUACCCACAGGAAGACCAAAGGUGAUGAUUUUAAAAAACCUGAAGACCCAAAGAAAGGCACUGGCAUAUUCAAGCCUGGAUCAUCUGGAGGGAAAAAAAUGGGCCUAGUCACUCUGACCAGGACGAUGGUGCUAGAUGCAGUAUCUACUCUGGAUACCAGUCACCUUUCUCCAGAGAAAUAUCCAUUAGUGAGUGACACAGGGGCCUGUAACAAACCAGGCUGUAGGUAUGGCUGUGUGUGCCACCUGUGCGAGCCAUCGACAUCAGUUGACUAUGAUCAUGGUGAUUCCCAGCAGGUGGGGUUAAGUAGAAAGACACCCUGUCCAAAGGAGUAUUGUCGCAUGGGAUGCAUUUGCGAAAGCCUAGGUGGAAGGCAUGGCAGUGACAAGACCCAUUCUGGAAAAAAAAACUGCGGCAAAGAGGAAUGCCAGAUUGAGUGUCAUUGUGAGAGCAGUGAUGAUCCUCUAUGGGCUCCACCUCAAACAAAACUGCGUGACAGAAGCCAGUUGAAGACUCUACAACAAAAACCAAAGCAACCAGAGGUCUAUAGGGAUAGACGCUCUUCCCUUAUCUUCUAUGAAGCUGGGUCACUGCAGCAUCCUUUUCUUAAGAAGAAGAAGAAAUCUAAGAAGAAGGCACCAUCAACUAAUCAGAAAGCACAAAAACCAGGGUCUAAACCAACACCUGCCUUGCUUGCUGAUCCCUCAGCUUCUGGUGCACAGUCUACCUUUCUUCUACACACCAAGAGUGGAGCCAUAAAACAGCAAGUCGUCCACACCUUUUCCUCCAAGGUGAUGAUACAGGAUGAAGAAGAGGAAGACUUCGAAAUAGAUAUUGACAAUGAGGACAGUGAUGCAGUCAUGAGAGAUGAUUUUAAUUCUUGCGCCAGAACCACUGUGUAUAUUCCUGUCAGUAGAAGACAUGUUGCUGGAACUGAAAAGAGUAUACAGAAAGUACAGAGUGAAGGAAAUGCCAAAGAACAAGAGAGGAAAAAGUUGAAGAAAUCACAUAAGAAAGAUAUGAAGAAGACUGUUGAGGACAAGACAAGUGCUAAUACUGAUUCUAAUAAAGAAAAUAGUAAAAUGAGUGCAGCAGAAAUUCCAUCCAUGCAGAAAGUCCUGAGUCAGAAGAUGUUUGAAGUUGGGACUUACUCAUCUCAAAUGGUUCUGCUUGAACCCAAGCAAAGCAAGGAGGAUGGCUCAAAAGAUGGCACCACUACUCUAGGCAGUUCAGAUGACAAGUCUUCAGGUAGCACCACUUCUGUAGGUGACAGCUCAAAAGAUGGCGCCACUGCGGGUGAUAACACAGUAGAUCAACAAAUGUCACGCUUGUUGCAAAUUAAGUCGAAUUGUAAGUGGGGAAUGAACCGACAGAACAUUUUGAACAGUAUUGCCAAGUAUGUGCCUCCUGGUCAUACUGUGUCCCCAGACCCUGUCAGUAUGCUAGUGGGAGAGUAUGUGGUGGAAAUACAACCAAAAGGAGCAAAACCUACUGCUAUUCCAUACAGACUCCAGAGCAAGCUGGGCAAAGAGAUGUAUCCCAUACGAGUUAAGAUAAGCAAGCUGCUGCCAAACUACAAAGAAGUUUUGAAAAAGGAAAAAACUAAGUUUAACUUGAUGCUGAAACAGAUGGCAGAAAAGAAAGAGGAACCCAAGGAUAAUGUUAAACCAGCAAGUGCAACUUCCGUUUCAAGAACAAAUGCCCCAAGUACCCCACCACCCACGAACAGGGUGGCACCACCCCCCUCUAUAUCAGGCCUGAGUCACUUUAGGAUUCACACGGGUGGUGUGAUGAACAAGGGGAUCUCCCCAUCGCGCUCCACCAAGCUGUCUAUCGGACCCAUAGGUGGUGAGGAGAGCGGCGAGGAGGAGGACAUAGAGGUGGAGAAGACUGACAGAGAGAUGGCGGAUGAGAAGGCAAAGAAAGAUAAACCUAGGCCAAUGACAGCCUCUGAACUGCUGCGUAUAAAGAAGAUGCAAAUGUCAAAGCCACCACAAGGUGUCACUGCUCUGGACAAGAUCAAGGCGCAGAUAGGGGCUGGCCCUACUGCUGCUGGGGAUAUAAACCUUGUGAAGGAGCCUCCCACUGAAAAACCCAUUUUACCAGCUCCUGUUGUUGUUCAAGGUUUUGGCCUUCCUGGUGUGCUCCCAUCUAUAUCAGAAAUUCCCAAGAGUCAAAAUAAUGGUGAGGUCAGCACAUCAGUAGCCCCAGAACCUGUACCAGUCCAGCUCUUGUCCUCUGAGGCACUGAGAUCUCAGCAGGCGGCAGCACCAAUUCAGCUGGUGUCAGGCCAGCAGGGUGCAGCAGCAGUACAACUAGUUUCUUCUCAACAGGGGGCAACACCAAUUCAAUUGGUGUCUAGCCAACAAGGGGCUACACCAAUUCAGCUGGUGUCUAGCCAACAGGGGGCUACACCAAUUCAGCUGGUGUCUAGCCAACAGGGGGCAACACCAAUUCAGCUGGUGUCUAGCCAACAGGGGGCAACACCAAUACAACUGGUACCCUCACAGCAGGGGGUAGCACCAAUACAUCUGGUGUCCAGCCAGCAGGGGACAGCACCAUUUAAUGUGGUAUGCCCCCAGGGGGCAGCACCAGUUCAGCUUAUGGCUGGUCAGCAGGGGGCUGCACCAGUACAGCUAGUAUCUUCACAGCAGGGGGCAGCACCAGUGCAUCUUGUUUCAGCUCAGCAGUUGCCACAGACCACAUCUGUGGCACCAGUGUUAACAGGCAGUAAAACAGCUUUGCCGACAGAUCUUUCUACUGUAGGCAAAGAAUCUGGUAACACCAGUUCUAGUAAUGCCAGUAGCACAAGUCUCCUUGGUGUCACUGGUGCCAGUGGUACUGGUAAUAGCUCUGGUUCUGGAAUACAAGUAGUGCCUGUUCCAUUGUUGAUUAAAGCUACAGUGCCACAGGGUCCAGGAAAGCCCCCAAGGAUAGAGACAACAAUCGUGAAAAUCCAGGUAUCUGUUGCCCCUGGACAAACAGUGAUGUCAGCCAUGAAGCAGCAGGGUUUGCCAGUCAUGGAGGAAGACUCCAGUAUUCAGCCUAUUCCAGUGUCAAUUCAAACCAAGCCACAAGUGACACCAGGGCAGCAGGCUGCUGAAGGUGCAUCUGCCGGUUCAAGUGACAGCAGUAAACCCAUGCAGCAGCCCCAACCUGAAGCCAUGUCUACCAACAGCAGUCCAAAUGAUACCAGUUGUAAAACAGAGAAUCCUCAAGAGAUGGCUAAGCAUCUGGAUGGAAUGGGAGCACUGGUUGCGAAGAUCUUAGAAUCAGCUGUCAGUUCUGCUGCUGCUUCUACUUCAGUGGGGGCUGCUGCUCAUACCAUGAUUACAACUACAGUAAGUGCAAUCUCUGGAAACACCAUGCAGCAUGUAGGGGCCUCCACUUCCACUAUUGGUGCCACAGCAAAGCUCAACCAAGCAACAUCCACUUCCACAACAUCCAAAUCUGGAAUGUUCAGUGGUCAGCAGUCAUUACUUACCAGUGGUCAACAGGCUGCUACAGUCAUUACCCAGCAGCCUGUAGUUUGCACAGGGCAGCAUUUGGUAGUUAUGAACACAAGUGGACAGCCAUCUAUUGUAAGUAAAAUUCCACAGCCUAAAGGGUUGACCACUCCAAAGAAGACAUCUAGGUCCAAGGUGGCCAAGAAUUCCAAUGCUGUAACAAAGCUUCUUAUCCCUGUCAGUGGGACUGCCAAAGUGAGUCCACUUCUAAUUCCUGUGAAUCCCCAGCAUUUGAUGCCAAUGAUGAGGGUGGACAGCAGUACCAAGGAGACAGGAAAGGAAGUUGUACAUUUGGUGCCUUUGCCACCCUCAGAACAACAAACGAGGACAGCAGCACCAGUUCUCCCAUUGAAGGUCCUCCAGAGCAUGCAGGGGGCUAUCAGACUGGCCAAUGGGCAGUAUGCCAUACCAUUAACUUACAGUUCAGGCAAUAAAAAAACAUCUAGUUCACUUCUACUUCCAACAGCAAGUCAGAGUCCCCUAAUAAAUAAGGCACCAGGGUUACAGGGUGCCAUAGGUGCCUCUGGCCAAUCCGUGAUACUCCUUACUCCUAAGGUUUCUACUACUACUCCUAUUAAAAGUACUACACUCACUGCAAGUAAAGCAAGCACAAUGAGUCAGAAGAAACCAGAACACAGUCUAGGUGUUACUACCACUACCACUAUGACUUCAGUAACUGAAGCUAAUAACCCCUUCGCAGCAGUCGGAAACAAGCAUAUUAUCUUUUCUGCCACUGUAGCAUCCGAUGGUAAUCUUUCCAUUGCCCAAGGGGGAAAUCCCAAAAAGAUAAAAGCACACACUGUAAACAUCCCUGUUGGUGAGCCAAGUAGAGAGGCUGACACAAACACAGUGAAUACUGUCGGGACUACCAUGACUCCAAAGGAACAUGUAUCUUCAAAAGCCACAAUCCCAGUUGAGCAAGAUUCUGCCCAGAACAAGAAUUCCACUGUUCAAACAGAUGCAUCCAAAACUGCCACCACUGAAAGCAUCUCCUCAAACAAGGCAACUGUGCAGCCAGUUACCUCGUUACCUCAGACUGUGGCCUCAACUGAGCCAGUUUCUGCCAAUGCCAAGAAUACCACAGCCUCUAAGAUUUCUCCAACAGGCAAUUCCAACACUUCCAUCAUUGGCAGCAUCUUAAACAAGCCAACUUUGAACCAGGUCACCUCUCUACCUCAUACGCUGACCUCCCUUGGUCAAGAUUUGGUUGGUGCCAACAGUACCAUUGGGAACCAGCUUCCUUCAGAAGUUGCCAUCAAGACUACAGUCACAGGUAGCAGCUCCUCAACCCACAUGGCACCUAUGAACCAGACCUCCUCUCUUCCUCAGACCACAACCCAUAGCAUAAAGGACUCCACCACUACCACCACCACCACCACCACCACCAGCACCCCUGUAGACCAGUGCGCGAUGCAAUUCCCUAACAAAAAUCAGAAACGAUCUGCAUCUGAUGCAGAAAUGGAGGCUGAUAAAGCACCUAGUAAAAAAACCAAACUGGCUGGGGCAGAAGAGGGUAAUGCAGAAUUCAAUGAAGAGAUAUUAGACUUCAAGUUCUUUGAUGAUACCACAGGUGAGGUGAUAACAGUGCAUCAGGCCCAAGCUGAGGAGAGCAGUGAUGAGGAUGGAGAGGUCGGAGCUGGAGAUGUUGCCCCUGUGAGGAUUGAUGAUGAAUCGGAAGAUGCAGGCAAGGCUGAGAAUAGAGAAGUGGUGAAAAAAGAUGCUGUGGUAGAUUCUAAUGAUGCUGCAUGUACGAAGGAUGUUGGAGAAGUUGACAAGAAGGGUGAGGGUGUCAAUCGGGAUGUCAGGAAAGAAAUUUUAAAAGAAAGUGAGACCAGUGAAGAUGAAAGUGUGGUUUUAAUGUCAAAACCAGUUUAUAAACAAAGUGCACAUGGUCCUAGUGGUGCCAACAAACCACAGGGACAAAAAGAGGAUUUACCUACUGUGCCAGAACCAAAUGUCACUACUGCUUCCAGUGCAUCCAUAACUUCUAAUUCCCCGGCAGUAGUACAGCCUGCAAGCAGGGCAUCAAAACGCAAGUCAAAACAAGAGGUUCGUGUUGAAUCUCCUGUACCGUUGCCACAAAUCAAGAAGGUGUCGGCAGUGCCUGCUACAUCCCCAGCACUAAGCCGGUCAAGCUCCCCUGGUCUGUCAUCAGACAGCGAGUAUGACAGUGAGGAGAUAGACAUAGAGACUUAUGAAGAGACGGAGGCAACCCGACUGCGCAUGAUGGUAAACCACGAGGCAGUGGUGGGUCCUGGGGCAGCAGUGAGUGUUAAGAGGAAUAAACGAAAGUCUCCCAUCCAGGCCAAGCAGCUUACUCACCAGGUGGAGUUCACAGAGGAACUGGUCAUGAUUGAAGGUGUAAAGGCACCGUCAUACAUCCGCUUGGAUAAAAAAAUACACAUGACUAGAGAGCGUGCCAGGAGGACAGAAUUGAUGUACAAGUUUAAAGAUUUAAAACAGAUUGUCUUCCCAGAUGAAUUGGAUGAAAAGAUCUCAAAAAUUAAUGUAUUGAAUGGGGCCAUUCAGUUAAUUGAUCAACUGGUGAGAAAAGAUGCAGAACUGCAAAAUCAAAUACGUCUACAUACGAAGCAGCAGGAAUUUCUGAAAAAUAAAUUGUUCAAAAUAAAAGAUGCGAAGAGACGCCAAGAAUUAGGAAUAACUGAGGGAUUCACUAUUGUGGAGGAUAAAAGUGCAAUCAUGGAAAAAGUACCAACAGGUGCUAGAUUCUCGGUUGAAUCUAAUACAAAACAACCAGAUGUGGGACCUGAAAACCCAGAAAUGGCUCCAAAGACUAUAAUAAUUAAACAGGAGCCAAGGAGUGACUUUGAUACUCCAGAAUUUGAAAUAGUGUCUCACUCAGAAAACUAAGAAUAUUUUUUUCUUAUCAGAAUAGGGAAUCAGAUACAUUAUUUGCAUUUGUGUUUUUAUUUCUUAAUGAUAACUUUAUUGAUUAAUUUAUCAUAUUUUGAUUUUCUUUAUUAUUUUUUUUCACUUAAUGCUUUUGGCCAUGUUCACCAAUUUUGCUUAUAUUUAAUUCAGAAGGUUGUAGUGUAGCAAUUUUGAGUUAUAUUUAAAUUUCUUGUAGCAUACCUGCUUGUAUUGAAUUAAAUUGUAUAUGCAUGAAUUGCCUGAGAUAUUCACAGUAUCAAUUUUUUGUUUUCCUGCAUAUUGAGGUUUUUUGACAUGGCUUUUUUAUGCCAGGCAUAGCAUUAGAAAUGCAUUAAUUUUAUAUUGUUACAUAUUUAAGAAUUGUUGUCAGAUUUACCAGAAUUCUUCUUUACUGAUAAACUUUCUGUAUCU